AUGCCCUUCCUGCUCCCCGCGGCUCCACCCUCCGCGCCGGCCCGCGGGCCAGUUCCAAAAGCCGGGCGGGCAUCGGGGCCCGGGCUGCCUCCGCGCCAGCGACCCCGACCCUCCCCCGGCCUGGGCGCUCGGGCCGCGGAGCCUGCUCCUCCGGCAGAGCGGCCCAGUCUCCUCGGGCCCGGCUCCCGGCGCGCUGCCUCCCCCCGGGGCCCCGCGCCCUCGCUGCUUACCCUAGGGAACCCGGGCGGGGAAACUUUUCCAGGCGAGCGCCGGGGCGGCUCAGGCGCCCCUCGGCCGAGCGGAGAGCCCGGCUCCGGGGGGCCUGGGCUCGGCGCGGUCCCUGCGCCCGGCAGCAGCGUCACCGCGCAGAGGCGGGGAGGCGCGGCGGCGCGGCCUCGGCCGGGCCGGCGACCAGGGCAGGGCUCGGCCUCGGCUCUGGCUCCGGCUCCGGCGCGGGCGGGGGCAGCGGCCGGGCCGCGGCGGCGCGGCUUGUUUACUCGGGCCGCUGUCAGCGGCUGCGGCGGCCCGGGCUCCUCCUCCACCGCCGCCGCGCCCCUCCCCCUCGCGGUGCCACCUCCGAGCUCCGGGCCGCCGCCGCCCCGCCGGCCCGGCCCGCCGCGCCGCCCAUGCCGCCCGGGCCCUGGCCCGCGUUCCGAGCAGGAGCGCCGGGGCCCUGAGGCCUUCCGGGGCGCCUGCCGCCUCCGGCUCCAGCUUGGGGCAGAGGACUUCCCUGGUGGCUCAGUGGAUAAGAAUCCACCUGUCAAUCCAGGGGACAUGAGUUCAAUUCCUGGUCUGGGAAAAUUCCUCUUGCCACAGAGCAGCUAAGCCAGGUUGCACCACAACUACUGAGCCCACAUGCUGCCAACUACCGAAGCCUGAGCACUCGAGAGCCCGUGCUCCCCAACAAGAGAAGCCACGGCAAUGAGAAGCCUGAGCACCGCAGCUAGAGAGUAGCCCCUGCUCGCUGCAACUAGAGAAGAGUCCAUGCACAGCAAGGAAUACCCAAUAAAAAAUAAAUAAAAUGUGUUUCAUUGUUUA